UGUUCUCGUAAGCGAGAUGCACUUAUUGAACAUUCUUCCCUAGAUGCCCAUAAGUGGAUAGACGAAUUUUCUGUGUCAGCAAACACCAAAAAUAUACAGUGUGUGGAACAAAACAGUGGUCACAACACUGAAUUUGUAACUGAAUCAAUGUUCAAAAAAUUCAUACAUGAUCAAAACUCAGCCAUGAUGGCCAUGAAGAAAUCGCUGGACACAUUAAACAACAUGAUUUAUGUAGAUGAAGAAUCGACUGAAGAAAGUGAUUCGGAAUUAAGCCUUGCUGAAAUUACGGGUAAAAGAAAGCCCGACCCUGAAGCAGAAUGUAUGGCAAAAAAGGCCAAGAUAAGCUCCAAGUCGGAGUUGACCUUGCGUGGAAAAUUACCCACUGUCAGAUUUACGGAGGCGGGGCCUUCAGACUUGGGCGGACGAGACGUCGAUGUAAAGCGACUAAGCGAGGAUCUUUUCGCAGUUUCCAACUAUAUCGCCCAAGAGAAAACUUCAGAUGUUGUGACAACUAAAUUGGCAGACUUGGUUAAUAAGUUGUUAGUCAACAAACUUUAGGAUUCUAAGAAAAAUGACUUAUUUGAUAAGCAUUUACGACCAGAAAACUGCAAAUUGGAAUUUCCUGGAGUGAACGAUUUCGUUUGGAAUUACUGUAUGAACGAAACUACGAGAUCGACGGAUGUUAAAGUACAUAUAAUUCAGAAGACUUUACUAAAAGGACUUGGUCCGGUGAUCAAAGUGGUGGACACUUUGCUAAAACCUAACAAUGAAUUUGACAGACACAAAGCGGCCGAAGAUCUACUCGAUGGAGUGGUCAUGCUGGCCUCAGCUAACACAGAGCUUUCUUUGCACAGAAAAACAUGUAUUAUACUAUUCUGUGUUGUAUUACGUCACUAACCUCUACGUGACUGUUGGAGCUUAUUUACAAAUAAGUAACGAGUUUAGUAAUAAUAAAAUAUCAAUUGAUGAU